UAAUGAAUAAUCACUUUUCGUAAUUGUAUUUUCUAUAUAUUUUGUAACAGAAAACAAAGUAACGAUUAAAUUUCAAUAAAUUUACAUCGUCUAAACUUUUUAUAUACCAACAUAAUGGAGUUUCCGUCCUUAGGGGAUCACUGUCAGAAUGAUGAGUGUAAACAAAUAGAUUUCCUACCACUGCAGUGCAAGUGCGGUAAAGUGUACUGUCGGGAACAUUUCAACGAUCACUGCUUAUCCGGCGACUGCGAACUCGCGCCCCCGCCUCGGCCUGUUAACUUCAAAAGUGAUGAUGUUAUAUAUAAGUGCUCCCAGAAGGGGUGUCGCAAGGGUAACUUGCAUGAUAUGAAUUGUAAUAAGUGUGGUAAACACUACUGUAUCGAGCACAGGUUCCAUCCGACCUGUCCAGAAAUAGAUGAUGAGACUAUGGCACAGAAGAUAGAAGAAUAUGAAGCACCCAGAAGACAAUUUGCUGAAGCCAACAAGGAUUUACAGGCAAAGAUAACAGAAAACAUAAGAAAAGCUCUCCAAUCAUCGGCAAAAGUGAAAACUGCAUCCAAAAUCCACCUCAUGAGAAUAAAACAAAAAGCCCUUGGAGACAAAGCAAUACCGGCUGACAAGAGAGUUCAUUUUGCUAUCAAAAAACCCACAGACACUCAAGCAAAGCCAGUGAAAAUCGUUCAAAAUGUUGAAAACAUAAUCAACCUUGAAAGCCUCAGGUUAGAACCAGAUCUUAAAGACACCAUAGCAGUAUUUAUAUCAACUAAAUUCACCCUGGGUAGAGCUAUAGACGCAAUUUGCAAUUUAUGCAACAUUAAAAAUGAUAAUAAUAAAAUGGGCACAACAAAAAUCAGGUUGUUUCGACAGCUGGAUGGCUACUGCAUAAGUCCUAUCAAGAUGGAUGUAGAAAUCGAGGAGUUGGUCAAAAAUGAGAUUUUGUUGGAAGGAGAUCGGCUGAUAAUGGAAUAUAUUGAUACCAAUGUUUUGAAUGACUUAGGACAGAGCCAAUUGUUUUUAAACAUAUAAUUCGACUUCUUAGCAUGAAUAAUUUUCUGUUUACUAAUAAUUAUAUACAAUAUAUUCCUCUAAAUAACA